GAAAACAACACGUAGUGAUGGUUUCAUACGCAAGGUUUUAAUCAAGCAAAGUCAGUUUUCUGCCAGAGCCCGGAGGCCGGGAGCUGCGAAAGGAGAGAAGCGCGGCCCGGGCGGGCGCUGCGCGUGGAGAGCUGGUGCUCGGGCUCGCGGUCCGGAAGGAGCCCGCGCUGGCCCGGUAGGGGGCGCCGGCGCGUCUCACUGCAGCAUCCUGGCGGCGGAGCGGUGGCCUCCGCCGGGCGCUGCUCGCGUCCUGCCGCAGUCCGUCCUCCGCGGGUGCCGGCAGCGCCACGGAGGAAACCCCCGCCCGGCCCGCGCGCGCUGCCGCUGCGGCUCCCACCCGCGAUCGCAGCCCGGCGAGUCGGAAGCACCAGCUGCAGCCCGGGCUGGUGGCGCUGGAGGGCUUCGCGGUCCUGCGGGACCCAUCGCGAACUUGCAAAGGACCGCGGCUCCCCCGGCCUGGAGAGCGAACAGGGUUGUGGACUCUCCCAAAAUUUUACAAUGAUACAGUGACUCCAAAGGCUAGAACGAAAACAUUUGCUCAGAAUUUUGAGUUCUAGCAACAACAAAUUCUACCGAAACUCACCAUGGCCAAAAGUGCGGAGGUCAAACUUGCAGUAUUUGGGAGAGCAGGCGUGGGGAAAUCAGCACUUGUGGUGAGAUUUCUGACCAAAAGAUUCAUCUGGGAAUAUGAUCCAACGCUCGAAUCAACGUACCGACAUCAAGCAACCAUUGAUGAUGAAGUUGUUUCCAUGGAGAUUCUAGAUACUGCUGGUCAGGAGGACACCAUUCAGCGGGAAGGCCACAUGCGGUGGGGUGAAGGCUUUGUGCUGGUCUAUGACAUUACUGAUCGCGAAAGUUUUGAAGAAGUUCUUCCACUGAAGAACAUCCUAGAUGAGAUCAAAAAGCCCAAGAACGUGACUCUCAUCCUGGUUGGAAACAAAGCUGACUUGGAUCACUCCAGACAAGUGAGCACAGAGGAAGGGGAGAAGCUGGCCACAGAAUUGGCGUGUGCUUUCUACGAGUGCUCUGCCUGCACGGGCGAGGGGAACAUCACAGAGAUCUUCUACGAGUUGUGUCGAGAGGUGCGUCGCCGGAGAAUGGUGCAGGGCAAGACCCGGAGGCGCAGCUCCACCACGCACGUCAAGCAGGCCAUCAACAAGAUGCUCACCAAGAUCAGUAGUUAGGCGCCUCCUCUGGGCAUGCACAGCCCCUCGGAGAUGAGUUGAGUCCUGAGAGAAACACUCGCUAGCCCUUUUCCUUCUCCUCCAAAAGUGAAAGAAAAUAAUGUUCACCCCUUGUGCUGACUCUGGAACGCGUCUGGGCUUCCCACCUUUCCAGCCUCUGCUCACUUGCUGGGAAGCUUUAGAGCACUGUAUGCAAUUCCAGUGCUGAUGAUUUCUCCCUUUCCUGCUUGCAUAGGAUGCAUUCUACUGUAGUCUGAAGAUGUAACCACCUGAGAUUCUGAAUGGCAGGGUUUGCAUUAAGCUAUUUUUAGGCAUCUCCACUUUGGUUAAAUACGUUGAAGUCUUUUCACUGGCAUUUUAAAAUUCAAUUUCUUGUCAAAGACUACAGGUGAUCAUCAUAAAUGUUUGAGAAAGCAGAAAGCACAGUAAAAACAGCAGAAGGGAAGCUGAGUUAUUGGGACAAAUAAUAGAACUGUAGUUCCUAUUUGAAGGGAAGACAUUCUGAAAUAAAUUGUGCGGUUUUUCUUUAGUUUUUUAGUUUGCUCUUAAGUUAAAACAUGUUCUCAUUAAAGUGUUUCACUGUAAUGAACAGCUCAUUUCCAUUUGAGCUGGUCUUUCCAUGACAUAUUGAUCAUUAUAACUUAAUUCUUCCUCCUUGGCUCCAAUAAGAUUUAAAUUAUAAUAGAGGCAGCAGAAACAGCAAGUCAGCCUCUGCUAUGGCUUUUGUCCAAGUCCAGGGUGUUAUAAAAUAUAAGAAUCUUUUCACCAACCCUGACUUGAUGGCCUGCUGGUAGAGGAGUUCAAGCUACAGACCUCUAAUUAUUUUUUAAUCUGUUUUCCAGCUUAGCAGAAUAAUAAACAGUCCAAACAACAGGAAAAUGGAUCUAAACUAACCCUCCAUCAGAAAGCCAAGUAUCUAGGCCAAUAUCAGUUUAAAAAAAAAAAAUCUGAGUCAUUAGGUCAUUCACAAGAGUCCCUUUAACAUUUUGGGUAAAUGAAUUCAUUUAAGAGAACUCCGAGAAGAAUGGGUAAUUGCAGUUCACUAUGCCUGGGUAAAUAUGUAUAAAAUUGAUUCUUGUACUUUCAAAGUACAGUCUGCAACUGAAAAAUAUGAUUUUUUUCUUCCCUAUUAUGCCCCCAUAUAUGCAGAUUUGGGCACUUUAUUUUAGAAGAAAAUAUAUCUUUUACAUAUGUAUGUAUUUAUAAAUGCAUAGUUAUAUGUAUAAAAAUUUGUAAGUGUUGGAAGCUUUAAUUCACCGAUGUAUUUUGACAACUUGUAACUGACUUUAUUUUAUGUGAAUAUAAUA